ACCGCGCGGUCACCUCUGGGCGCCGCCGCCAUGCCGUUCCUCCCGGAUGAGGCCCGUUCGCUGCCGCCGCCGCCCCUCGUGAACAAGGGCUCGGUGUGGCUGGGGCUGACCGGCUGGCUGGCGGCCCUGCUGGACAACGGGUUCGCCCAGCGGCCCGUCCUGAGAGCCGGUGUUCACCGCCAGAUCCUGUUUAUUACCGUGGGGUGGUUCACUGGCUAUUUCCUUGUUAAACGUGCUGAGUAUGUCCACGCUAAACUGGACAGAGAGCUGCUUGAUUAUGUCAGGAGGCACCCUGAAGACUUUAAGGAAGCAGAAUUGAUCUCGGGUGUCCGAUAAGGGUUUUCCCGACUCCGCUUGCUGCCUUUUGCAGAAAAGAAAAGGAUAGGAGAGCUUCUGGAGGAUUUCUAUCCAAUUCGCUGAUGCUUCUGCUGAGCUGAUUCUGUGCUGAGAACUCCACGGGGCUGCCUGCGGCCUUUCAGCUGCCCCUGCUCGGAAGGGGAACCAUCGUUCGAUCUCAUAAAAUAAAACUUAAUGAUGAAAUACAGUGUUUACUCUCCUGUUAA